UACGUUUUCUAUACGUUUUUUUUCUGUUCCUCUUGCUUUAGAUUUGGCUCAUUGUGUUGGAUUUAUUCAUACGGAUUGCGUAAGAAAAACGUUUUCAUCGUUUUAUGUUGAUAAUUGUUGUGUCGAUGUUGUGGUGCAAUUGAGUUGUGGUGGCUAAGAUUGUAUAUAAAUACUUUGUUGUUGAUUCUUGUAUAAAUUGUAUAGUGUGACAGUCUUAUAUUGAAUUGAAUAUAUAUAAUUUAGUGCUUAAAAGAAAUUGUUAUAAAGAAAUGUCGAAUAAAACCUGGUCCGAAUUAGUUAGCCAAAGUUCGAUUGGCCAAGAACAUCAACAACAAUCAUUAACAUCGAUUGAAACGUUAUCACCACCACCACAACAACAACAAUCCAUUUCAUUAAAUGAUAUCAUGUCCGAACAAUUGGCAUUGGAUCUUAGUGUCAAUCAAUGUUCUUCCAGAGAUUAUAAACAAAUUUCUAAUCAAUCUGAAAAUCAAAUUACACCCGAUUAUGAAAAUCCAUUGAAUAAUAUGACCGAAGAAUUAGAGUGUUCCAAUGAUGAAAUGUUGGCAAAAUUAUUACAACAUGAACUUGAUCUUGAACAUGAUCGAAUGUUAAAAUUGGAAGAAAAACAAUACAAUGCUAAUUCAAAAGUACAGCUAUCAUUUGAAAAACUUCGCCGCAUACGUGAUGAAGAUCUUGGUGAUUCUGAUCUGGAUGAUGAGAUUCAUCAUGAAUACGGUGAAGAAUCAAAACAUUGGGAUUUUUUUGAACAAAAAGAAAAACAAGCACCGAAAAUUGGUAAACAAGGUUAUGUGGUGGCCAAAAAUGGUGAAGUUACCACUAAACAUGAUAUUGAAUUGAACAAAUGUCGUAAUGCUUGUAAGGUGAUGGAAUUUGAAAGCGAUAUACGAACCGGUGAUGGUGGUGGAUUUCCGAUGAAAUUAUCGAAUAAUGUAUACAAUGCAUUAAAAGUACAUAGCAUCAGUGAAGGAAAACGUAUGGCUCGUUUGCAUGAGAAAAAGGAAAAAUCAUCAGCAGAAAAAGCUGUCGAUGCUAAAAGUAGAAUUCUAUUAUUUAAAUUGAUUAACGGUGGCACUUUGGAAACGAUGAAUGGUAUUAUUGCCACCGGUAAAGAAUCGGUAGUUAUUCAUGCUAUUGGACAGAAUAUUGAAAAAGGUAUUCCAUUGGGUGAAGUGGCUGUUAAAGUUUUCAAAACAACCAUCACCGAAUUUCGUGAACGUAUCCAAUAUAUUGUUGGUGAUCCAAUUCUUGAACAAACGGGAAAAUUAUCUAAACAAAAUCCAAAAUUAACGAUACCUUUAUGGGCAGAAAAAGAAAUGCACAAUUUGAAUCGAUUACGUAAAUUUGGAAUCGCCUGCCCUGAAGUUGUAUUACUGAAAAAACAUAUCCUAAUCAUGACGUUUAUUGGCCGUGAAGGCCGCCCUGCACCAACAAUUAAAAAUCUAAAAUUUCCCGAAGAAUUAUUCAAUAGAAUUUGGACUGAAACUGAAAAAUUAAUGAUACGAUUGUACAAAGAAUGUGAUAUGAUUCACGCUGAUCUAAGUGAAUAUAAUCUAUUGUGGUAUGAGAAUAAAUUAUGGUGUAUUGAUGUUUCACAAUCAGUGCGAACUACACAUCCAAUGGCAUUCAGAUUCUUAUGGAGAGAUUGUGUCAAUAUUUGCAAGUUUUUCUCAAAAAAAUUAUGCGACUUUAAAUCACCUUGCAAACUAUUUGAAACGAUUACGGGCAAAAAUAUGAGCGAAUUGGAACAUGAUGCCGUUGUCAUUGAAUUAUUCGACAAGAUGGAAAACUAUGAGAAAAGUAGAAAAAAUGUUGACAUUUGCUCUUUUGAAACGAAACAACAAUGUGAACCGGAUAUGUUUGAUGAAUUGUUUGAAAAAGCAUUACAACAGAAUCGUGCCGAAGGUUUUGUAAAGGCAUAGACAUUGUUCCUGGAUAUGUGGCAAAGAAUUCAUUAUUGAUUGAUUUAUGUGUGAGCAAUUUUUGGAAUCGAAUUAAUUU